UGACCUUUCUCCAGUUUGUUUGUCCAAUUCGGCAAACGUUAAAAAGAGGGGGAAAAGUUUUUGUUGGUAGAGAGAAGGAAGCGCUCUGCGAUCACCGAAACCCUAAGUUCAUCUCAAAACCCCAGGCUUUCUUGUGGAAAUGACAGCGAGGGGGGGUUUGUUCUAGUUUGAGGUGGUGGGAUGGAUAGCGUUUUCUCCGAGCAGAUACUAGUAGAUGAGCUCUCCAAUAUAAACUACACUCGCAGUCGCAUACAGACUCUGUCAUGUUGGUGUAUUUCCCACCGAAAUAAUGCAGAACAAGUUGUCCAAACAUGGGCCAAGCAAUUCCGUAGUUCCCGAAAAGAAAAGAAGAUUCCAUUUCUAUAUCUUGCCAAUGACAUCUUGCAGAAUAGCAGGCAUUCUGGGCCUGAAUUUGUUGAUGAAUUUUGGAAGGUUCUUCCAGAAGCACUUAUGGAUGUUUUCAAAAAUGGUGGUGAACAUGGAAAGAAUGUCAUCUCUCGACUGGUUAAUAUUUGGGUAGAGCGAAGAGUUUUUGGAUCUCAUGCUCAUGACCUUAAAUACCUUAUUCUUGGGAAGGAACCUCCACCUGCAUUGGAAUUGAACGAAAAUUAUUCUUCUAGUUCUGCUGGAAUUGUAAGAAGAGACUCUCGUACUAAAUUAUCAGUUGGAGGAAAAGAAGAAAACAUUUUAUCUGCCUUUGGCACCAUUAACAGUGAAAAACCUAAAGAGGAUUUGCAUAUAAAUGGGUGCAUGUAUGCCGUUCGGCGUGUCGGGCAAUUGGAAAGAGACAUUAAAUAUGCCUUCAAACUAGAGGACUCUUGGAAGGAGACUUUAGCAAAAGAGUUACAGGAGCAGGAGAUCACUUUAACAAAGUGCACUGAGAAGCUCAUAUCAGUUGAAGCAAACAGAGCAGCCCUUGUUUCUCAGUUAAAAAAAGCACUGGAGGAACAGGAAUCUGCUCUGGAAAAUAUUCGGACUCAGAUACAGCUGGCCCAAGGGACACUAGAGAAAGCUGCGAACAUGCGAAGGCAACUCAGUGGUGAAACAGUUGUGAUGUCAAUGAAGCUGCCACCUUCAGCAGAACCUCCAAAACCAAACUCAAAUGAUGCUGCACUUCAACCACAGAGUAAGGGUACUGGUGCAAUUGCUGCUGUUGCCUAUAAGUUUGCUGCUUCUACUCAUUCCCCACAGAUAAAGAUCUCCAUCCUCUCCAUGUUUGCUGCAGAAGAAGCCGAGAGUGCUCGUCUUGUUAGAUCAGCUGAUUCAACUAAUUCCUUUUCUGAAGCCCCGGCUAAGAAGAUGAAACUAGAGAAUCUCAUGCCAGUUUCCAAUCCCAGUGCCACUGCGACAGCCUUUAUGCAUGCUCAACAAAUGGUUAUUUCAGCACCACAUCCACCCCAAACUGCUCUAGUGCAGCAAGCUCCUAUACAAAACCAAACUUUGGCAUUCCAGCCCCAAUACAAUCUCUACGAAAGUCCAACAAUGCAGUACCUGCAACCAUCUGAAGGAGUGAUGACUGGACUGCUGGACUCUUAUGAUGCACCGCCUCCACCACCAUCACCUCCACCAUCACCACCACCUCCACCACCACCACCUCCACCACCGCCUCCACCUCAGAUGAUGAACCUGACAAUGCCUGUGUUUUGGACACUGCAGCAGCAGCAGCCACCUGUUACUUUGGUUCAACAGCUGCCACUGCCAACCCCACCACCAUCAAUGCCUAUGUACCAGCCACUGCCAAUAAAUCAACUUCCAAUUGACCAGCCUGUGUCAAUAAAUCAACAGCCAGCACAGUUCAGCAUUCGAAAACCGAUGGCACCUAGUUAUCGGCCACUUCUGCCACCCAUAAUGGCAUUUUACCAUCCUCAAACUCAGUAACAUGAUGUUGUUUCCCUUUUUCUAUCUUACAGAAUUUUUACUCAUCAUUGGUGAACUUAUUAUAGCUUACAGAGUUUUUACUCAUCAUAUGUGAACUUAUGUGAACUUAUCAUAUCUGGGAAUUUUAAA